CCAACUUUCAUGAGCACCAGUCUUCGGCUGACUCUUCGACUGAUUUAGAAUCCAGUGAGGAGGAUACACCCCAAUAUAUAAUCCCCCAGCUCCUUCAGGCGGAGCCCAAGAAAGUACAUAUCGAUGAACAAAAAUGGCCAAAUAUAAUCGAGUAUGGAAAGAGACUUUCAUCUCUCUUGGAAGAUUUCGGAGGGCAGCCAUUUCUCUCCAUAUUCCCCUUAGCAGAGCUCGAUUGGCACAUGAGCUUUACGUCACUAGUCAAUAGUCACGCCAUCCAGCAUAUUUGGGAGCCCCUGAGGAGCCUCAUGAAACAAACCGGGUUAGGCCAGUUCUUCCGUUCAUUAUCGCACGCAGUUGGUGAUAUAUUGCAUCGCAAAUUGCUAGGAGAAGAUAUUUCAUCCCUUGACUUCAGGGACCGGCUAGCAUCAGUCUUUGACGAGUAUUCUUUAAAAGGGAUACUUUCGUGCUCUCCACGACCGACUUUAUUACCCCCGUUUAUUGCACCAAGUUUAACAUCGCUUGUCUAUUGCGGACAAGUGACAAGUCUUAUACAAUUAAACUCCGAGUCAUCGCUCUCGCCGAAAUCGUUACUUGGACUCGUGGACGGAGUAUUGAGUGAGGAUAUAAUUCGGCAUUUGAUACAGCAGAGAUUGCCAAACGACUGGACUAUCCUGGGGCGAAGCGAGAUGUCGAAAGUUGCAAGUGAGGACUUGUUACUACACAGUUUCCGAGGAAUUAUCAUUCCCUUGUGCAUAGACGAUGGGUGGGUUCUUAUCUGUUAUGAAAACCCAAAGCGUACUAAGGUUGCCUAUCCAAUUACCAUUAUCAAUCCCACAACCAGUGAUUAUAGAUUCCAAAUAGUUCUGGGUUUACUUUCAAAAUGGAUACCGGAGCAAGAAGAUUGGGUUCCUAAGGACAUCACGACACAACACGUCAAGAACGUGAAAUGCCAAGCAGCGUGUGAGAGAGAUAGCGGAGUACAUAUUGUGCUCAAUGCAGUAGCUAUGGCGAAUUCAGGGGUUCUAGAGACCCGACCACUGGAUAAGAAAGUGUGUAGGGCACUCUGUAUGAGAUAUUUUAUUAACACGCUGAACGAAAUGCAGCAAGCGGUUUCCAAAGCAGCCAGAAAGCGUGCUGGGGAGGAUAGAGUUUAGAUUAUGGUCGAUGGUAGAAGAUAUCCUUUAGAUCUAUGUUGAGUUGAUCGCGAUAGCACGUUUUCCAUUCAAUAUAAUCUCGAAUGCUUUCUCCCAUCAGCAAGCCUAAAAUAACGCUGUAAAGCUAUCUAUGUAUAGCGUAUAACAUUCCAAUAUCGAGUAAAGUAGUAGCGCGGAUAUAUUUAGAGGGCGUAUGUUAACUCACAAGGCUGUACCUCUCUAAUGUAGAUCUAUUUAUCCUAUUCCACUUUAUCAAAUAAUUGACCUUAAGUUAGGAGAUAGAGUGCGGUUUCU